CUCUCUAAGCCACACAGGAAGAAGAAAGAGCGCAGCACCCAGCACCCCUGGCCCAUUGCCUCAGCACAGGUCCCAGUCGGGACCCCCAGGGAAGCCUGUCUUGGCCACACUGUGCUGCACCCAUUCAGCAGGGGGACCAUGGGAUCCGGGAUCAAGUUUGUGAAGGUUGAAUUGGAAUGAAGAGAGACUUGAGGAAGACCAGUGGAGAGGCCUUUGAAAUAGCCAGGGAGGAUCCCAAGAGCACAUUUGCUUGGUUCUUUGAGGCCGCCUACCCCACCUCUCUGCAGGAUGCACCCCCCAUCUUGCGCCAAUUCCCUAAGGAUUUUUCUGAUGAGGAAUUAAUGCAAACAGUACCCAAAUUCUGUUUCCCUUUCGACUUGGAGAGGGCAGGCCACAGUCUAGCUGCCCAACACUUCACCUUUGUCCUAACCGACUUGGCUGGGAGCCGAAGAUUUGGCUUCUGUCGCCUGGGGACCAGCGCCAGGAGCUGCCUCUGCAUACUCAGUGAUCUGCCCUGGUUUGAGGUUUUCUACAAACUGCUCAACAGUCUUGGGGACCUGUUAGCCCAGGAUCAGGUCUCUGAGGCUGAAGAACUUCUUUCUACCCUGUAUCUGCAUCCAGUACCUGGGCCAGAGGCUCCUUUGGGACUGUCCCUGGACCCACAGAAGGGCAAGCUAAGAAUUACCAGUCACCCCAGUUCCCUACCUCCAGCACCUGGGACCAACCAACUGCUCUCCUGCUUCAUUGCUCCAGAUUCUGGACACCUGCCCUCCAUCCCAGAAAAUAGGAACCUGACAGAGCUGGUGGUAGCUGUGGCUUCAGAGAACAUCGUGGGCCUCUAUAGCUCUCUGCUCAGUGAGCGGAGAGUUCUGCUCACUGCCAGCAAACUCAGCACGCUGACCGCCUGCGUCCAUGCAUCCUGUGGCUUGCUGUAUCCUAUGCAUUGGGAACACAUACUCAUCCCCACACUACCCCCUCACUUGCUGGACUACUGCUGUGCCCCUAUGCCUUACCUCAUCGGUGUCCACACCAGCCUUAUUGAGAGGGUCCGGGACAAGGCCCUGGAGGAUGUGGUCAUCCUGAAUGUGGACACAAACACCUUGGAGUCACCAUUCCAGGAUGUGGAGACACUGCCCCCAGAUGUGGUGUCUCUCCUGAGACUAAGGCUAAGAAAGGAAGCUUUGGCGGCUGGUGAUGGAGUAUCUCGACUCUUUCUGAAAGCCCAAGCUGUGCUCUUUGGUGGCUACAGAGACGCCCUGAUCUACAGUCAUGGACAGCCCAUGAAGUUCAGUGAGGAGGCUUUCCUGGCUCAGAAGCCAGGACCCCUACAGGCCUUCAGACAAAGUGCCAUCCACCUGCAACUCUUCAAACAGUUCAUUGACGAGCGCCUAGAGAAGCUGAAUUCUGGGGAAGGCUUCUCUGACCUGUUUGAGCAGGAAAUCACUAGCAAUGGGCUGGCCUCAGGAAGCCAUCGAUCCUAUCAGCUCUGGGCAGACAAUCUGAAAAAAGGUGGAGGAGCCCUCUUGCAUUCUGUGAAAGCCAAAACCCAGCCAGCUGUGAAGAACAUGUACCGCUCUGCCAAGAUUGGACUCAAGGGAGUGCAAAAUCGGCUAAGGUACAAGGACAGUGACCUCCUGCUGCAGAGAGGAGGUUCUCUCCGGGUCCCAGCCCCUGACAACCGCUCAGAACGUCUUCAACACCGUCUGCCCAUCACUCACCACUUUGGCCAGUCCAGGCCCCUGCGUCCCCGGAGGUCCCAGUCCCGCCUUGAGGAUGAGGCACCCCAGAGAGAGGAACAAAGGGAACCUCUGUCUGGGCCCAAGGAACCCUGGGAACUAGAAGACUUGGACAGCAACUUCCUGGGCUCAGGAGAACUGGACUUGCUUGGGGAGAUUCUUGACAAUCUUAGCAUUGGGACAUCUGGGCCUGGAGAAUCCCCUGGUCUGCACCCCAGCCACAGCUUGGAUAGCUGCCACUUGGGUCAGGGCAGCUGUUUCAACUUGAUACACCACCUAGAGGAAGAAGAAACUUCAAAGAAACAAUUGCUAUCUCCCAGAGUCCCUGCUGCAGCUCUUCCCAGUCAAAGGUCAGAAGAAGCCAGGGCUUCCCAAACCUCUGUGGAUACUGGGGUCCCCCAAGCCUCUUCUCCGAGUCAUCCACCCUUCCUGGCUGAGGAAGAAAUUCUAGAGUCGAAGUUGCUGCCCCCUGAGACCCUUGAGGUACCUCAGUCCUCCCAAAUCUCUUCAGAGCUUGAGAUUCCCAAUAUCUGUGAAUACAGGCCCCCCAGCCCUGUGCUUAUACCCCAAAACACCGAUAGAGAAAUGUCCCCAGGCCUCAGAGAGAGGGUCUCCAUUCAGCCCAGGGUGGCUCAGCUCAAAAAGCAGUUUGAGGGUUAGGGGCAAUUCCUUUGGCCAGGCCAAACUGAGAAAAAAAAAUCCAGUGACUAAUUUGGGUUUCCUCCCACUUCCAUACAAUACCAAUUUCACUUGUAGUACCAAGCCCCACACUAGGCCUUGAUGCCUCCCCCAAUAAAGCUAUUUCUCCUGUGC